AGCGCGCAUGUUUGCCAUCGGCUGCAGCAUGGGCCCCUUGAUGCACUACUGGUACCUCUGGUUAGAUGGAGCCUUUCCUGCAAGCGGCUUUAAGGGCAUGAAAACGGUCCUGAAGAAAGUCCUCAUUGACCAGCUGGUGGCAUCGCCAGCCCUGGGAGUCUGGUAUUUCUUAGGCAUGGGUGCCCUGGAGGGCCAGGCCCUGGAGGAGAGCUGGGGGGAGCUCAAGGAGAAAUUCUGGGAGUUUUACAAGGCUGACUGGUGCGUGUGGCCGGCGGCUCAGCUCGUGAACUUCCUCUUCCUCCCACCCAAGUACCGGGUGGUUUACGUGAACGUGAUUACGCUGGGCUGGGACACAUACCUCUCCUACCUCAAGCACAGGCAUAAUCAACCCCUGAUCGCUGAGCACGACGCGCAGCACGGGAACGAGCGCAGCAUUGGGAUGUGAGCAGGCAGCGCUGAAGCCGUUCUCAAGGACCGCUACCGUGUUUUCAUAAGCUGCCCAGCGCUAAUCAGUUACUUGGGUGUCUGUCGAAGCUGCGAGUGCGGCGAGCCUGGGCAGGAGCCGGCUCGCGACGGCCACGAACAAACUCUCAAUCCAGGGAAGAAAAACGGUUCUUGGAGACAAUCACACUCAUGGGCUGCGCUUCACGGCAGCCAGAGGAGAUCUUGCCAAUUAACUUGUCUACUGAUUGCAAUUAGGGGCUUAGGUCAUAUUUUAGAGACUCUUGUAUAAAAGGCUAUUGAAUAGA